UCAACUUAAUGAAAAGUGUCACUUAUUGUUGUGACGUAAACCGACCUGCUUUGUUAAGUAACUUUGAAAAACGCGGGUGGACACACGUAGGUCCUGAAGAUAAAUGGAAUUUGUACUGGGCCAGUGUGCAGACUUGUCGUAUGAUAUUCAGUGCUGAGUCAAACUAUCGUUUUAAAGAAGAUCAAAUCAUAAAUCAUUUUUCAAAACAUUAUGAGCUUACUCGAAAAGAUUUACUCAUCAGAAAUAUGAGACGUUAUAAAAGAGAAUCACUUAAAUAUGAAAAAUUAAGUAAUACUGGCAACGAUUUUUUGAAAAGUUCAUUAGAUAUUAUACCUACUACUUACAUUCUUCCAGCUGACUACAAUUUAUGUUUAGAAGAAUUUCGUAAGAAUCCAAGUAUUUGGAUUAUAAAACCUUGUGGGAAAUCACAAGGUACUGGAAUAUUUUUAAUAGAUAAACUUUACAAACUGAAGAAAUGGUUCAAUGAUCAAAAACGUUAUUUUCAAAAAUCACCAAUAAAUAAUUCUUAUAUUAUUUCCAGGUACAUCGAAAACCCACUAUUGAUUUGUGGCAAAAAAUUCGACCUACGACUCUAUGUUUUAGUAACUUCAUUUCAUCCGCUUAAAGCAUAUCAAUUCAAUUAUGGAUUCUGUCGGUUUUGUAGUGUGAAAUAUAAUUCACACAUUGAUAAUAUCAAAAAUUUGUUAGCUCAUUUAACAAAUGUGUCAAUACAGAAGCAUGGAAAAGAGUACAACAGUAUAAAUGGCGGUAAGUGGUCUACUGAGAAUUUGAAGUUAUAUCUAACGAGUACUAAGGGUGAAAAAAAUACUCAAGCACUUUUUGAAAAAAUAAGCUGGAUAAUCGUACAAUCUUUAAAAGCUGUGAGGGGUGUUAUGUCAAGUGACAAACAUUCUUUUGAAUGUUAUGGAUAUGAUAUUAUAGUCGAUUCAGAUUUAAAGCCUUGGUUAAUAGAAGUUAAUGCAUCGCCAUCGCUCUCGUAUACAACUACCAGUGAUCGAAUGUUAAAAUCUAAAUUAAUUGAAAGUAUACUUUCAGUUAUUUUACCACCAUCAGGAGUGCCGAAUUCAAAAUGGGACAAAAAUCCAUCACCAGAUGCGUUGUCUAAUUUUAGCGUAUUAAUCAAAGAAAACCAUGUAAAAUAAAUUGUUAAAUGUUAAAAGUGAUCAAUUUUAUAUCAAGCUAGUUGAUAACUAAAAUUAUAUGUUAACAAUAAUCAAGUUUUUCUUAUUUAUAAAACAAAUAUAAUACAAUGUAUUUCUAUUAUUACCAACAUCAUAUUAUA